AUUUCUUCACUUAGUUUUCUUCCCAGUUGCCCAGUGGGACAGUUGGGUCUCAGCACCUCAAGCGGUUCCAUCAAAUCCACAACUCAACCAACAACUCAACCAGCCAUGAGCAAGUCCUACAGCUCCUCAGCCCAGAGUGCUUCCUCGUACCGUCGCACCUUUGGCUCUGGUGUUGGGUCAACACCACUGUCAUCGAUGUUCUCCUCCUCUCUAGGAGGAGCCCACAGCUCCGCUUCUAGCCGUAUGUCUAGCAGAGUCUACGAAGUCAAGAGCACCGGCAUUCCCUCUUAUUCUAGCUUCAACUUGUCUUCUGGGGCCGGGCUCGGCUCCUCCAAGGCCAUGCGCACCUAUGCCGGGGAGAAGCUCGACUUCAACCUUGCAGACGCCAUGAACCAAGACUUCCUCAACACAAGGACCAAUGAGAAGGCCGAGCUUCAGCACCUCAAUGACCGCUUUGCUAGCUACAUUGAGAAGGUGCGUUUCCUGGAGCAGCAGAAUGCCGCGCUGACAGUGGAGAUCGAGAAGCUCAGGGGCCGCGAGGGGCCUGGGCGUGUGGCUGAGCUGUAUGAGGAGGAAAUGAGGGAGCUGAGGAGGCAGAUAGAGGCCAUCACCAACCAGCGUGCCAGAGUGGAGGUGGAGAGAGACAACCUGGCCGAUGACCUGCAGAAACUUAAGCUCAGACUGCAAGAAGAGAUUCACCAGAAGGAAGAAGCUGAGAACAACCUGUCUGCUUUCAGAUCUGAUGUCGACAGUGCCACUCUCGCUAGGCUGGACCUGGAGAGACGUAUUGAGAGUCUGCAAGAAGAGAUUGCCUUCCUCAAGAAGAUUCAUGAAGAGGAAAUCCGUGAGCUGCAGAGCCAGAUUCAGGACACUCAGGUGCAGAUCCAGAUGGAUAUGUCUAAGCCCGACCUCACUGCUGCUCUGAGGGACAUCCGUAUGCAGUACGAAGCCAUUGCUGCCAAAAACAUUGCAGAGGCUGAAGAAUGGUACAAGUCUAAGGUGUCUGAUCUGAACCAGGCCGUGAACAAGAACAAUGAUGCACUGCGUCAGGCCAAGCAGGAGACCAUGGAAUUCAGACACCAGAUCCAGUCCUACACUUGCGAGAUUGACUCACUGAAGGGCACUAAUGAGUCUCUGCUGCGCCAAAUGAGAGACAUGGAGGAUCGCAUGGCCCGCGAGGCUACUGGUUACCAAGAUACCAUUGCACGGCUCGAGGAAGAUAUUGCUAAGAUGAAAGAUGAUAUGGCCCGCCACCUGAGGGAGUACCAGGACCUCCUCAAUGUGAAGAUGGCCCUCGACAUUGAAAUUGCCACCUACCGCAAGCUGCUGGAAGGAGAGGAGAGCAGAAUCACUACCACCAUACCUGUCCAGUCUGCUUAUUCUUCCAUUGGAUUCAGAGAGACCAGUCCUGAGUCCCAGCAUCAGCGCUCAUCAGAGGUUCACUCCAAGAAGACUGUUCUCAUCAAGACCAUUGAGACCCGCGAUGGAGAGGUUGUCAGUGAGUCGACACAGCACCAGCAAGACAUCAUGUAAACAAGAAGAAACAAUGUUACUUAAAAAAUAAUAGCACCAAUAAUGAAAUCUUUUCCUAUUAGAAUUACAAUGAUUACUAAGCUGUGCCUACUUUUAGAUACAAAAUGCUGACCAUUUUAUGUAACCAGUCAUGGAAGUGAAAUUUAACCACUGUACAUCCGUACAUAAAUUACUUUAAGCGUCACAGGAAAGACGCAGUGUAGAGGCAUAAUGCCUUUAGCCUUGUUUUAAAUGAAGGGCAUUCCAGGAUGUUUUUCUGUAUUUGUGUUACUUUUCGCUGCAAAAGAAAAGUAUCUUGCAUCUAUCUUGUCUGCAAAAAUAUUUUAGUGGUAAGAGUAAUGUUUCAAAUGAGUACAGCUUGUACUGCCGAAUUAUCCCAUCACCCACUGUAGCAAUCAAUGGCAGAUCAAUUUGACUGAAGCAGUCAGAUAAAUUUCACUGUGUGUAUUCCAGGAUUUUUACAUGUGUAUGCACAUCGAUUGAUUAAGAUAGGCUAUCUCUGUAACUGAUUCAAGGAAAGUGAGAUGUUGGUUUGAAAUAGGAACUCAGUUGUGUUUUGACCUUUGAGCUCUCCAGCAUGUGCUACGUGUCUGAUGGUAUGUGUAUGAGUAACCAUGGUAUCCUCCUUCGCUCUGACAAAAACUCAAAUAAAAGAUUUCACUUGCUGGG